AUGGCGAGUGUUGAGGAUGCAAAACUUCGAAAAAUGAUUGAAGAAGUACUUGCUGAACCUACUGAUGAUGAUGUUUCGGAUUUCGAUAGUGACAGUGAUUACGAAAUGCCGGAAAAUAACGAUAGUCCAGACACAGAUUUGUCGUCAGAUGAAGUUUACCACGGAAGGAACGAUAAACUGGACAACAGUGCUUCUGCAGUGGUAAAGCGAUUGCUCGGCUCACUCCAAGGUAAGGGGCACACUGUAUAUGUUGACAGUUUUUACACCAGUGUUCAGCUAGCCAAAGAACUGGCUAGAGCCAACACUGGUCUUGUAGGGACUGUAAUGCCAAACAGAAAAGGAUUGCCCAAGGCUCUCAAAGAGGGUAAACUCAAAAAGGGUGAACAAAUAUUUCGCCGCAAGAACGAUGUGCUAGCAUUGCGAUGGAAAGACAAGAGGGAUGUGUGGAUGAUAAGUACCAGGCAUACAUCCUCAAUGUUGCCUGUUGCUACAAGAGAAGGCAAUGAGAAGUUGAAACCAGUGGCAGUGCUGGAUUACAACAAACAUAAAGCUGGUGUAGACAUUUUUGAUCAGCGUCUUUCAUAUGGAGCACUUGAUCACAAAACAGUGAAGUGGUGGAGAAAGCUUGCCUUCCACGGUAUAAUUAUUGCAGUUUCCAAUGGUUGUAUUUUGCACAAUUGCAUCAAUGAGAAGAAACUGAGCACUCCUAAGUUUAUACAGGAGGUCUGCACUGCGUUAGUGUCACAGAGAGGAGAGAGAAUUGAGGAUUCUCAUGGAUCUGCAACGAAUGCUCGAUUGACGAAGAAACAUUUUCCGAACCGUGUGGAAAUGGCAGAAGGGAAGAAGAAAGCACAAAGACGUUGUGUAGUGUGUAGUGGAAAACAAAAGAACAUUACUGGGAAAGCUGGGAGGAAAGAUACUUCUUAUGAGUGCAGCUGGGGUGUACUUGCUUCAUUAUUUGAAUCUGCAGGCUGCACUGUAUUGGUAGGCCAGGCUAUCCUUGGUAAGCCUACAUCAUUUACAUCCCAAGAUUUGUGA